UUAUCUAGCUCGGUUCGUCCAUGAACGCGCUGCGUCGCUGGUGUGAAGGGAGCUAAUUAAGAUAGAGACAAUGAAGGUGUACAUCACGUCGGCGGCGGCGGAGGCUGGCGAGGCGACGAAGGCGAAGGCGGUGCCGCACCAGCAGCAGCAAGCAGCAAGGCGCGGCUGCCGGUCGGCUGUCGUCACGGGGUUCCUCGCCGGCGUGCUCCUCUUCCGCGCCGCGCUCCUCGCCAUCGAGGCCAGCGCCUCCCUCUGCCCUUCCGCCACCGGAUGCUUGGACUGGAGGGCCGGGCUGGGGGACUGGCUCUACGGCGGCAGCGGCGACGCGAUGGAGGAAUUCAGGAAGGAGUGGAGGAGAGGUCGCAGGGAGGCCAGCCUGUUGGAUCCCGUGGUGGUGGAGGCGGCACCGGAUUCGCUGGACGGCCUCAUGGCGGAGAUGGACACCAUGCUGGCGUCCUACGAUCGGUUGGACAUGGAAGCCGUGGUGCUCAAGAUAAUGGCCAUGCUGCUGAAAAUGGAUCGGAAGGUCAAGUCGUCCAGAAUUAGAGCUCUGUUCAACCGGCACUUGGCUUCGCUGGGCGUCCCCAAGAGCAUGCACUGCCUCACCCUGCGGCUGGCCGAGGAGUUCGCGGUGAACUCCGCGGCUCGCUCUCCGGUGCCGCUGCCGGAGCACGCCCCUCGCCUGACCGACGGCUCGUAUCUCCACGUCGCCGUCGUGACCGACAACGUGCUCGCGGCCGCCGUUGCCGUGGCUUCCACAGUCAGCAGCUCGGCCGACCCGGCGAGGCUGGUGUUCCACGUCGUCACGGACAAGAAGAGCUACGUCCCGAUGCACUCGUGGUUCGCGCUGCACCCGGUUUCUCCGGCGGUGGUCGAGGUAAAGGGCCUGCACCAGUUCGACUGGCACGACGGCGGCGCCAUCGCCUCUGUUAUGAGGACGAUCGAAGAGGUUCAGAGAAGCUCAAUGGAGUAUCACCAGUGUGACAGGUCAGUUGUCAGGGAGUACAGGAGGCUUGAAGCCUCCAAGCCAAGCACGUUCUCUCUUCUCAACUACCUCAAGAUCCACCUCCCAGAGUUCUUCCCGGAACUUGGGAGGGUGAUACUCCUUGACGACGAUGUCGUGGUGCGAGAGGACCUGAGCGGGCUAUGGGAGCAGGCCCUCGGCGAGAACAUCAUAGGAGCCGUCGGCGGGGACCAUGCCGGCGACGACGGGGCCGUCUGCAACGAGAAGACGCUCGGUGAUCACCUGAAUUUCACAGACCCGGAAGUGUCAGCGCCAUCACUAGGCCUCCAAAGUUCGCGAUGCGCGUGGUCGUGGGGUGUCAACAUCGUCGACCUCGACGCGUGGCGAAGAACAAACGUUACCGACACGUAUCAGCUCUGGCUAGAAAAGGCAAACCGGGAGUCGGGCUUCAGGCUGUGGAAGGUGGGCUCGCUGCCGCCGGCGCUGAUAGCGUUCGACGGGCGGGUGCAGGCGGUGGAGCCGCGGUGGCAUCUGCGGGGUCUCGGCUGGCACGCGCCGGACGCCGAGCUGCUGCAUCGUUCAGCCGUCCUUCAUUUCAGCGGGCCGAGGAAGCCCUGGCUGGAGGUCGCGUCCCCGGAUCUCCGGAAGCUGUGGCUCGGACACCUCAACGGAUCAGAUAGCUUUCUACAAGGAUGCGGCGUGGUCGAGCAACAGUAAAAGGCACACAGUACGUACUACAGCGGAAAUCGAGCAGGGAAAGCGUAUAACGUAUAGGGUAAACAUCCGUGGUGAUGCAGAGCUUGAUUUUUGAGGAGAGGGAAGUAGGUGCUGCCUUCAGUCUCUCCCCGCACUGGCUCUGCGUCAUGUUCAUGUUCAGCGACACAAUGUAGAACUGUAUACUGAUGAUGUAUAUAAUGGAUGAUUAUUUAUUUCUUAGGUACUAUUUCC